GGCCGGUUUCCCUUUCCACAGACGGUGCCUUCUCUCCCCAUCGAGAUUGGCCCUUUCCCUGCAGCGGCAGCAGCAGCAGCCGGCGUCCGGGUUACGGACGAGGGGCCGGUUGCUUGGCUGUCCGUUGGCGGUCCGUGCUUCGUUCACUGGCGACAGGACUUUUGUUUGCAGGACCACAAAACGCUGUUCGAGUGUGUUUGAAUAAACAGUGAUCAAGCGCGAGCUAGUGCAGAACAUAUAAGCAGUAGGAACAUGCUGGCCUACCUCACAGCGGCGACACGACAACAUAGACGACGACGACGACGACGACGGCAGCAGCAGCAGCAGCAGCAGCAGCCGCAGCAGCAGCAGUGGUAGUAGUAAUAGGAGACUGCCAGCCGAGAGUGGACAGACAGACUCGCAAAAGGUAGACAGCAGCAGGAAAGAAGGACCUCGGACACAGCCUCAGUCUUUGGCUCUCAACAACAGUAGCCGAUGUGCAACGCGGGGCCGAUAUAGAUUCAUCCGCUACAACAUCGACUUUUACCGCUAUUCCUACUACCGCUACAACUAUUAGCGGCAGCAGCAAGAUACAACGGCUACGAACGUCACGAUCAGAGCAGGACCAAGAGCCGCAGCCCCAGUGGUAACGGUUGCCACAGCAGCAGCGGUGGUGGCUGGUCAGGAUCAGUUUCUCAUCGUCCUGUAGUUCUAGCACUUCACUCUUCGAGUGCAAGGAGGUUCUCUGGGUGUCGGUGCAAGACAGCCAGUUGCUGCUGCUGUACGCAUCACCGCUGUUUUUAGAAGCGCGUGCGUCUCUUCUUUAUAUUUACUAUAGGCACUGCCAGUCAGCCAGACUGAAAUCGACAUAGCAAACGGGUAGUAGACACUCAACGGACGCUACUAGUGGACGGCCGGCAGGACAACAAGCGGUCAGUCAGACAUAGUUGGUUAUUCGAUCGUUAAACUUUUGCCCGCCAUCGCAUCAGCGUGUGCUCUGUGUUUAGUGCACCACGUACCGAUUACCUGGUGUUGUUAGCAAUGUCAGUGUUUCGACGAGUGUAUCGAUACUAAAAAAAGAUCGUUGUUUUCCAGUCACACGGCAUAAUCAUAUUUUCACGUUUUCAUGAAGACAAAUCGCGUAGACAGGGUGACUAUCGAACGCGGCUCACGAGAGCAUUUCUACGCUUACGCAUCCUAAUUUAACCGACCUCAAGGUACCUGGCACGCAACUAACCGCGGCUGCAACAGUAAUGCAUAUAGCUUCACUCUACAAACCAAUAGCGUCAGACGCUGGGAGAGAACGGUCUGCUGAAAGAAUGGAAAAGUUGCGACAGAUCACAGCCUGGCGAAGCGAACUAAAGAAGCAGAGUAAAUGAGCAGUAGCACGAAUGUUCGAAACCUCAGUCAUAGAUCGCUGAGCGCCAGGCGCACAGCAGUCGCCUCUGGCGACUCUGGCGGUUACAACAACGGCGACAAAAACGCAGCAUUUUGUGUCACUGCUGCCACUAUCACGAAUGGUCGUUGGAAAACACGGCAGCGUCCGGUAAUUGGAGCAGUAACGAUAACGGCGCUCGAGAACAGUGCCAGUGUCGCUGUCGACAACAUCAUGUACACAUAAAUAUAUACGUAUACACAUAAUAGCAGAGGAAACGCCAGCAACAGCAUCGAUAAGCCCGGGGUACAACAUCGACAGCAGCUGUUUUCGUUAGUCGUAGUAGAUCAUUCGGCUCUUGCUUGUGUUGACCGGCGGCCGACGGUCGGUUUUGCUUGUAAGCACAGAGUAUAGACCCAUAGAUGCAGAGAGCAAGCAUCAAAUCACGGGUUGACCACCAUUGCGUUCGGUAGAAUUCGCUUUACUAGUGUGUGAUAUGUAGAUAGAGCAUAAGCGUUUAGGUAAUGUGUUUUAAUAGGCGUUCAAAGCAGCGCAAGAAAAUUCACGUUCGUAGUUUUGCUCCGGCUUCAGCGAGUACGAGGCAGAAACGUAAUAUACCGAGUGCGCAUUCUAGGCGCCAGUACUAACAUUUCGAGAAAUACGCUGAUGGCAAAGGUCAGACUGCCAAUAAUGAUGAUCUUAUGCGGUCUUUGCUUGCUUGCUCGACAAGAACAUAGUGCGUUGAUUGUUUAGAGCUAAUCGAUCAUUGUGUCGGAUCAGGCCAGCUAGCCUGUUGAUCAUAAUGCGUGAUCAGAAAGCAUGAUUUAACAAGCAGUAAUUGCUACGCGGGCACCGUGCACUGUGGUGGUUAAUUUCGUUCAUUUACUUAUCUUAGGCCGCCAAAAACAGUUCGGCUUUGCCUUAUUCUAGGAACCGCCGCCGAUAGCAUCGUACCGCAGAUCAACGAACAGAAGAAGUUCGUUGUUAUUUUAAAUUAGGAGGAACCAUUCAAGGUCCGUACUUUUGCCAGAGAGCUGGAGAGCACUCUUGUACGCGCCUAUCGUUUAUCGAAUACGCGUCGUCAAGUAGGAUUAUUGUCCCGUAAAGUUGCUACAUAGCGCGAUGGACGACCAUCAAACCUUUCGUUCGCGUCAUUGAGUGAACGCGACCAGCAGGAUCGAGGUUUCUAAGACAGGGUCCAAUAUGAAUAGCUAAGUAAGUGCCGAAAAUAUCCGUCUGGAAGACAAACGGGAGAGAAAGGACGAUUUUCAACAACGGCUAUUUCCCUUUAUCUUUGUAAGGCAUGUUGCGCGGUCGCAAGCGCUCCCAAUACGUAAAUUCACCCAAAUAGUCGGCAAACGCUAUCGCAGACCCGAUUAUCAGCUGGGCCAGGUGUUAAUUAGGAAUAGCUAGAUGAGUGUCUUGGCUUCUCCACCAGCUACGGCAAUCAGCCGUUCAUCGAUCCGGGUUUUCUGGCUGGUGGCACGAGGCGAGCGCGCUCCAAAGGUCCUGAGCGUGACCGACAAGCAAACGGAACUACCCAAGCAGAGCAGAGCCGGCUAGAGUCGCGGUAGCCAACGUUGUUCCCUUACUAGUUGUUAUGAGUGUGUGUGGGCAUAUUCGUGUGUCUGUGACGACGUACCCGUGGAUAUAACUAACGCUUAUGCCAACGAUGAUAGUAGUGAAGCAUCGGGAGACGGUUAAUGGUGCUAAAUGAGAGAUACUAUGCUGUGCAUUGUGUGAGGAACAAAAUGAAGAGAGCACCGUAAAGUGCGCCGGGAACAAAAGGAGCGGGUUUGCCAUGCACGUCGGGGGAUGUUCUGAACGAAAAGAAGAAGGGUAGAAGGAGAACAAGGCAGAAGAGGACACAGCGGGGCGUGCCGUACCCAUUGUCAUCAUCGCCGUCUGUGCGACGUGGAAACUGCUGUGUAAUUACCGAGAUCAGCCUAAAUAGACUUGUUACUGCUGAGUGCUGGCCGCUAGUUUUCAAUGAAGAAUGUAGAGUCUACAUCCGACUACAGGGCCAGCAACAGCAGCAGCAGCAGAAGCACAUGCCGCAACGACAGCAUUAGCUGUACUGCGCAGCGCAGGACCGCUUGAGCUGCCGACAUGGCGCAUGAUGUGCCGGGCUUGCUUAGUGCCAGAGCCGCCUCCCCAACCAGACGCGAGCCCCAAGACUCUGACCCUGUCUUUAUUGUUAUCAUUCGUGUUAAACCCACUUUUACCACAGUUAAUGAUUUUAGCCAUCAGACAAUAGCAGUCUCAUCGCAUCUAGCAGUGCCCGACCAGACAAAACACUGCUAUAUCUGGCCUUCCAACAGCGUAGUCAAGAGACGUUCGAAAGCGCCGGCGACGGUAAAUAACGGUAGUAAUAAUAUCUUACACUAUAAUAAUAUAGCCAUAAGGAGCAGCUUACCACAACAGAACAUACGAACUCGAAGACACGCUCAGAACAAUAGCGGUGCCACGCUUAACAUAGUGAAACACGCGCUGUGGGAAGUACGACCACGCGGGUUGCUUCGUAUUGUAUAUUGCUACUUCAACGAUAACGUAUAUUAUUCUGCUACUGGCUCGGGCAGUCCCCAAGUCCCCAAGCGGCGGCGACAGCGGCGGCGACGGGGGUGGCGACGCGCGAGCCUGUAGGCCGUCGUUGGCCGCAGGCGAGGAAGUGGUAUUGGAUAAGAGAUUUAGAGCGAAUGAGGCGUUGUAACAGGAAGCAGCAGAGCGACGACAAGCAGCGAAUUGAGCCGAAAUUGAUUAGCAACAGGUUAUCGUCGCGCAGCAGACGCCGUGUGACUGGGCAGCACCUUCUCGUUAAAGCAACAGUAACUACUAGCACCAGUCGUUGUUCGACGAUGUGUACAAUGUUGUACGGCCAGCAGCUUGUUCAAUAGCUUACUGAAAUCAGGCGUCAAGUUGUCCUCACCGAGAAGCUGAGAGUGAGUUAAAACAAAGACGAAAGAAAAGGAGAAACGAGUUAGACGAUAAUAUACAGCUGUAGAAAAAGCGGCCGUACGCUCCCACGUGUGACAAAAAAUACGUGAGGAGCCGCACGCACACCGACAAGGGUGGUCUCUUAUUGACGACGGCAUUGCGACCUCGCCCUUUACAACCAACACACCAAACGGUCAGUCCGACGGAGAGAAGCUACGAAGACCUGAGAUAAAAGGAAAGCGUAGCACGCUUCGGGCAGAAGGACAAGCGCCAUUUCCAAGGAAACCACUUCUUCCAUGUCCGCGUUCAUUAAGCAUCCCAGCACUCAUGUUUUCUUUCAUGUACAAGACAAAUCGGCCGCCCAGCAAGCGAGUCCUCCUGGCGGGGCGGCCCGACGUUCGGGCGCCUCCGCGCUAGGCCUGGGGGGCCACAAGCCCCAGGGGCUGAGCUUGGCAACCGGAAGCCGGUUAUCAGCAGACCACGCCUCUCUUCUGGCCCAUGGCCCCCAUGGCCAAUUCAGUAGCAUGAUGAGCGCGGCUGGAGCGCAUGGCCAUCAUCACGCUUCCCACAUCACCUUACAUCUCUCCGGACAUCAACAGCAAGCUGGCUCACAACCACACAGGCCAGUGUCAACAAUUCUUUCUGGGGGCUCAUCGAGUCCACAUGCAGGCGGCGAGUGGGAUGAUUUUGAUCUGUUUUGCCAGUCAUCGUAUCCCCGCCUCUCCCCGCUUGGCGCACAUCCUCAAUUUCCUGGACAGUCUUCCCAUCACGCCCUUGACUCGCAGCUCAUCGAAGAGACCAGCCUAGGCGGACCGGCGCCACUAAAUGCCCAGCCCGCCUUCCCCAGUGCUUAUGGUGGAAGUGGUGGCGGUAGUAGCAGUGCAGGUGGAGGACGUCUGGGAGGCCGAGGGGCUAGCGGUGCCGGUGGAUCAGGGAGUGGAGCAGAAGAUGAUGGGGGCUCAGGGUCAAAAGCGCCUCCACCGCGUUUGCGUUCAAAUUCGUACUACUCGAUACCCUUAGCGGAACCAUCGGGCCAUAACCCCACAGCUACAACAGGAGACCACAGAGGAACUGACCACAGGGCGCUUGCGGAGACUUAUGAAUACCAUCGAAGUGCAGCAAUGGCCGGUGGCAGUGCGCCUGAAUGGGAAGGGGGGGAAGUAAGCGUCCUUUCGGGUGGUUCUCGAGGAGGAGCCCGAUUUGACCACCCGACGAAAGGAGGCCUUCGACCCCCAGGGGUCAAUUCGCCUGCUAGCGGCAAGUGGGGCCACGAGUGGGAUAUGCACGGACAGGGCCAUAUGCAAGGUGUGGCUCAGCCUAGCCAACAUGGCCCCUCUCCUACCGGUGGCGGGCGACGACCUCAAGAUAUGACACGAGAGCCGCUGGCACCAACUAACAGGACCAAUGCCUACCACCUGAAGGAUGGCCAAUAUAUGGGCGCUUGGGGCGACGCGAAGGGCCAACGAGGAGCGGAGAAUCACGCUAACUUAGCAUUCGAGGGCCUCUCGCCGCCUCCACCGGCAAACCCUGUCGAUGUGCUGACCGUCUCCGCGAGUAUGCUACAUCGAAUUUUACCCGGAGUUGUGCAGCCGCUCAAGGUGGGACAAUAUACAAGUUUGUGCGGAUUGGCAAUUAGCUCUAUUCACGUGACCGAAAGAGACACGUGUGUUGUUAUGGAUAUGUGCGAAAGUGCCGGAUUCUGUGCGAGGGAUCUUCCAUCGCCGGCAACAGAGCUGUUGCCCCUGCCGCGAGAUUGGAUUUCGGUACAGCUAGCCCGACAUAAGCACACCUUUGGGUGGUUCAAGCACAACUACAACACGGCAACGACAGUCAGCCAUCGGGAUUCACACAAAGGUUCCCAUAUUCCCCCGCAUCACCCCUUGUCCCAGGUGCAAGGCGGGCAGCAAACCGGCCGUGGACAGCAUUCACCCAAAAACCUCCUUUUAAUGAACGUUGAGAGAAACAGCCAAUUCCCAUUCAUGACAAUACUAUCUUGUCGUGAGACGGAACUGGCUCGGCUAAUCCGAGAGCUGGAUGAGUUGCACCUGCCCCCGGGUUUAGGGCCUUCUAUGGGUGGAAUGGGUGGCUUGGGAGGUUCAAUUGGAGGAUCAAUCGCGAAUUUGGCGAAUACCUGCGGGGGCCAACUUGCCUUCGCGGCGCCUGGAUACUGCGCCAACUGUAGCAACGCAACAGGUGACUUCCACCCCAUGUCCGCUCAGCAAACAAGGAUACAUCACACAGGUGCCUACAUCGAAGUAGCGAGUUUAGCGCGACGAAAAGGCGGGGGCCACGUCGUUGGGUUUGGGACUAUGCCGUUUGGAGGUCCCAUGGAGGAUAGCCUGGGUCGUAACAACAAGAAGAUGACGGGGAGACAGGAACUGGACGACCCGCGAUUAAGCGGAGAUCCGCAGAGCGCUAGUGCCUUAGACGACGACGAAGACGCUGCCCGCACAGGAUAUAUUGUAUCCUUUUUUAGAGUUUUCCCAGGUGAGGAUAGCGAACGGUUAGACCGCUCCUGGCCGCUCUGGACGGGCGCGCGACAGAUCCACGGGCGAUUACCCAAAUGUGUGGGCCUUAAUAGGAUCUCAUUUCACAAGAAAGUAGAUCCUCAUAGCUCAGGUAUAACGUACGUAUUGUUAUGUGAAUGUCCGCGCAUUAUGGAUUAUUUGACGGAAGCUUGCGUUCUCGUCGACCAAUUGCGAGCUAGGUGUUGCGGGUACACCGCUCUCUAUCGGGUUAUCGACAGUUUCUGAUCAACAACGAUUCUGAAAACAGCCAUAAACGCUUCUGAAACGAUUCAGCGUCACUGCUACCUCGACGACGACACAAUCCGUAAUGACCGUCGCAACAGCGAAAGCUGAUUCGAUAUCAGAGUCUGUCACGCUGCUCGCAGUAACAAAGAUCAGCAGUGGAUCAGACCAGCCGCUGCUCCUAACGUGAUGCCCAACUCCAUCUGGCAGAAACUCGUCACCCUCCUGUUAUUAAUCGUUUGCCAUCGACCGAAGUUUCUGAAUAUAGCAAACAAACACUCUCAGAGGACUCGUGCAUUAGCUCUACAUUUCGAGCUCUUUUUCAUACCCGAUGAAAGAAAAAAAAAAAUAUAUAUAUAUAUAUAUAUAUAUAUAUAUAUAUAUGAGAAAAGAAGGAAAGGAGGGAGGCAAGAUGGCCGGCGAGAGGUCCGUCCGUUACAUGAGUACUGUGUCAUCUUGUGUUAUGCGCAAUUCGGUCUGAAUAAAUAAGUACAAUAAUUGUUUUAUCUCGUUGAUAUUGUACGGUUUCAAAAUUGCUUGCGCAUUGCACAAAGGUAGCCUAGCGAUCAACGCUAUUCCCGUUGUUAGUAGUACCGAUUACCAGAAUAUUGACCGCAGCAAAAUGGAGUGGCCACGGUGGUGACCGCUUUGAUCUGUGAUCUGUUUAUUACUAGAACUUAAAUGCAACUGUUAUUGAUUGUUAUUCUUCUUCUUCUUGUUCUUCUUCUUCUUCUUCUUCCUCUUCUACUACUGCGAUUGCUAAGCUAAAUAGAUGCGUGUACACGCUGUAACGUUGUACUGAACAAUUUUUACUUAGCGGGUAGUCAGUCUAUGCAGCGGACACUUAGUAUAAUGUCAGAUUGGUGAGUGCGCCCUAAUCCGUGCGCGCCACGAUUUUGAAAUAAAAAUUACGAUAGUCUGAUUCGAAGAAUGGAACAAGUAUUUGUGCACGAUGCGCACAACCACUAAAACUCACCGAUACAUGUAUUUAACGGCGAUGUAUUUAGUUUCCUAUAGAGCAGUCAGCGGGCGACCAUGUAAUGCCUGAUACAUUAAUAGCUGGAAGGCGGAACGUUAAAAUAAUAAUGCUGAUAGCUCAAAGGCAAUAAUCUCGGUCUGAUGUGUACAGACGAUGAUGACACUGAGCUAGUUGUCAAUAGGGCUGACAAACUGUGAUGUUGGUCAUGGGAUGACGAUAGCCUUCAAAUAACCUGGGAAAACGAUGCGAAUUAACUGAAUUAGCAUCGGAAAGGAAAAACGUUUACAAAUAGAUGCACGUUUAUAAUCUACGUACAGCCUCAAAUAUAUACACGAGGAAAAAUCCGAGUACAUAGCUAUACGUUUGCCGAACACAUAUACAUACAUUAAUAUUCAUACAAGAAAUUAUGGAGAUAAAGUGAUACUGCUAAUAAUAGCGACACCGUAAUUAUUCAAUUUACAAUUUUAAAAUAAUUGUACAUGUACACACUGGACCAUUAAGGCUUACUCAAAUCGAUUCCAUUCGAAAGGCAUUUAUAGCCAACAAAAAAAGUGUGCAAGAGAGGAAGAACUACAAUGGGGAAAGAUAAACAGGUCGGAUGGGAGAGAACAUGCCGUCCUUUUUGUAAAGGUCAACAAGCCAAGGAAAGGGAUGAUGCCUUCGUAGCAAAUGAAAAAGAUUAGCAUCGUCAAUUGUAUGCAAUGCAAUGCGGUCAUUGCGGCGAUGAUAUAAAAAUUUAUGCACGGAAAGGGUGAUGCUGAUAACUGUGCAUAAUCAAUAUAACAUAUAGCAACGAACAGUUCGAGUCCCGUGCCUCCGUCAGGCAUCUGCUUCAGGCGACCCAGAGUGUUUCCAUGAGAUCACGCAUUCAGGCUUCCAGUCGAUGUAUAUAUAUAUAUAUAUAUAUAUAUAUAUAUACGGAAAGAGAAAUCCAGGUGCAUGUACUAGCCAGAAUAUACGGUAUUGAAUUGUGGCUACAAAUAACUAACAAGGGUAAGUAUUAAGUAACACUCGUGCGUCAGUCUGUGAAAAAAAAAGUAUGUAAAAUGUGUAGAAUUUAUACACGUCUAUCCAAUUACUCAAGGACACACCACUAACGUAUUUGAGAUCGGAUCCAUCAGUGGUUGAACCCUCGCCUAAGCAAUCUCGCUGGAAAUCGUUCGUGGAAUUCCGUCUGGAAUUGCAUUUCUUCUGAUUGUACGGCCGUGUGCAGACUCUACCCUGAAUCUGUUAGAGACACAGAGGCUCUGUUACGUAACACUGACCGAAGCCGCAGGAAGAAUAUUGACCUAACAGACGAGGACUAGUAUUUUGACGGCGACGCCAAUGAUCAAAGCAUACUUCUGUGACGAUGCUCUCCCAGUUAGGCCUAGCAGCAGUCUCCUAAUAGUGACUCAACUUGACGCACCACAUUAUCCGUUCAUGGUAUAACGCACAUCCUAGAGGUUGCGACAUAAUGACGCGAUACAAUCUCAUUUAGUAUUUUAGCACCUUGUCAUCACGAGUGCCCUUCCUUUCACGAUGACGCGUUGUUCUAUUAGAUUUUCAGAAGGCACUGAAAAUUCCACUUCACCUAACAUUGUGGAGACCCAAAGCUGUUCUAUUACGAACGAAGAACACAAAUUAGUUGAAAGAUAGUGGCCCAACAAUUUUAAGACCUUAUUAUAAACUAUGUGCAAUAUGGUCUAGACUCUGUGUCUAUAAACCCCAAAUUACGCUUCAGAUGCACUUUUCUUAAAAUGAUUCUACUAGAGCAGUUAUUAUUUAUUAUCAUUAAGAAGGCAGAAGCACGAAUCAGGCCCCCUCAUCAAUUAUCAGGGCCCCUAUCUACAAAUCUUCGCACUGUAAAUGCACUAAUAGUUUUAUUGAAUAAACACUUUCGUGUACUAGAUAAAGUGCAGUUUAUCAAAUUUUAUUCUGCAAUUGUCUUAUAAUGUACCGGAAGGCAUUUUGGUCACAACAAUAUAAAAGGAAUAAGAGAACCACGCACAGCGGCAAAUCCCAAACAUGACCAUUUCAUCUUAAUAACCCCUAAUAGAAUGCUGUUGCCCCUUAAAACUGCGACUGAGACCAGAACAUUUUGGGAAUAAAGUUUAACUGAGUCCUAUCAUAUUAGUACGAUCGUUAAUGAGUCAUGCAGGUAUCUAGAUUUUAGUCAUGUAGUCCAUACGCGUAGAUGUGCGUAAAUUGACGUUACUGUCGGGUGUGCGCCAUCUGGAUCCAUUAAAUGAUACGAUUUCGUCUUGAAAAUCCGCAUCUACCAUACCUACAUUUGCUAUCAACUAAGCCAUACGAGCCAAUGUAGUGCCGGUGACAUUAAACUCAUUGAAAAAAUCGCUACCAUCGCACAGUAAACCUGAGCGACUAAACAAAAAUGACGUGAUUACAAAGCAAAAAAUAACAGAGCAGAAAAUAUCAACAAUCUAACAGGAAAAACAGUUAAAAUAGCAGACGACGCGGACAUAUUAACAGACAGGGUCUGAGUUUUAGUGAGAUGGGUCCAUAGGUCGUAGAUCGUCGUCGCAGGCGCCCUGACAAAAGACACUCGUGUGUUCCGAGUUCGUCAUCGUAACACAUUUCGACAGUUUUUCCUCUAUCGGCUAUAUAAUAAACGAACAAAGAAGAACGGAAGAUCUGUCCGUGCAUCAGUCAUUACGAAAGAAAGAUCGGCAAAAAACAGAUGUCGACAUUCACCUAUCUCGAAUCCUUUUUUCUCAAAUCACAGAAACAACCGCCCGAAUACAAUAACGUCACAGACCGCCAUCAGCAGCUACGUCAACAACUGCAACAAAAAACAGAAAUCCAUUGACUGAGGUCACACAGGCAGGUAAACCUAGAGCUGAGCAUGAACGAAGGCUGAACAGAGAAUGAAGAUUUAGAGCAAGAGAGAAAAGUGUAAAAAUAAAUAGAAUAAUAAAAAGCGUCUCCGUGAUAUAGCUGUAUACAUUAACAAUUAUAUAUAUAGUAUGGAACACGACGAUUCUUAUAUGAUUCGUGCACAGAUGUGUCCAACGUGUGAGAUAAACAGUAAUAACAAGCAUGUAGCCGUUCCCUGACCUAUAAUAGGGUGUGAUAAACUAAUUGACCUAGUACCAGCAUAAACUAGGCAGACGUUCAUUGAUUGCGUAUUUCUGCAGUGAAGCUCAUCAGCGAGUGAGGAAGGGAGAGCAUAGGUGCUAUUCCUUGGUGCGGACAAGAACAAUCAGGUGAAUGUAUACAGUGCGUAACAAAUGUUGGCUGUGUUUAAUAGCCCGUACUGAAUUAUAUAUAUAUAUAUAUAUAUAUAUGCGUAAAAAACGAAAUGGGAAGAUAACUAAUGGUAUAGAGCUUGUUGUGCCUAAGGUCCAGCGACGAAAGCAUGUUAGCUGUCGGCAAGGUGAUAAUAAUAAUAUGUGAGACUCCAUCAAAAGAAUCAGGAGUCAGAUAAUAGGAAAGACAAGGAGAUUAUAGCCUGAGUCAAAGAAGAAUUGAUUCAACAAAUUAUCACUAUGUGGCAAGAAGCUUGAUAACUUAAUGCCGCAGAAUAUCUUCAAUGCGGAUAAAAUGAUGGCAUGUUAACUGAAUACGGCUGGCGUUUUUUUCGUUUUUUUUUGCUGUAGCUAUUGACGUAGCUGUUAAUGGCGGUCUGUAACAUUAUUGUCUCUAUGAUUUGAUAUAAGGGACCUAUAUGGAUUUUGAGUGACUGUAGUGAGAACUGCAGAUGUAUCUUUUGUUGAUUAUUGAGCAUAUUGCCUGUAUGUUAUGCACGCGGGAGCUCAAAUGUGCAUGGGUGAUACUAACACGCCCAGAAGCUUCAUGGUGUGUGCUUGAUUAAAUCGGGUCGAGACACAACAAAAUAUCGCCCACCGUUACUUGAGCCGCUAUGGUAAAGAACAAAAUUCUUGGGUAGAAUUGCGUAGGUAUCAAAAAGUUGAAUGAGAUAAGGCCCGUUUUCAUUUUUUUUUUGCUGAAAUUUUAGAACAGUGACAAACUCAUAGGCCACUGAAUUGAAGGUUGCCUUCAGCGAGGCCAUAUGCAGAAAUUUUGGAAUAUGAAUAGCGUAAGCAUUACAUAUAUUAUGCAAUUUCUGUACAUGAAUGUUCAAAUAAACAGAGCGAAGAUCGAUCAAAAGACAAAAAUGAUCCUAAGAAGCUGUGACGAAAAAAAAAAAAAUUGACGUUUUCAAUAAUUUUUACUAUUGCAUCUAUAAUGUUUGCUUAUGGCCCAAAAUGAAGAUGUCUUGCUUUAAAAAGGACGCUGAUGUUUGUUUUGGCUUCGUAACUGCUGUAUUGUCCUACUAACUGUUCUAACGUUUUAUGAGCCGUCGGCAAAUAGAAACGUGGGUCUACUAGAGGUUCGGCGUUCACUUGUCAUGCAGACGCCAUAUUGUGGUUGUAUGUGAGCGAAUUAGUACAGAAUAUUACGUGACAGGAUCAAUAAUAAUAAUAAUAAUGUUAAAAGCCAGGACUGAGGCUGUAUGAUAGGUGUACAGAAAAGCUGAAUUUUUCUAAUCUAGUUAAAUGUUUAUUUUGAUUUUGUUCAAUUGUCAUUAUUUGUAUUACAUUGUAUAUUUUUAUAGUGACAUAUGAUAAAAGAAAGGUUUGAUCGAAUUCUAGAGUUAAUCUGCCUAGUUCUUUUUUUAUAUCUGAUAACUACAACAGUCUGUUAAGGUAAACUUCGGUCGAUAUCUCUAAUCAAAUCAACAACCGAGAGUUUGGUAACAAUUUGCCUUUGAUGCAGUAUCUGUAGGGGACCACUAUGAAUAGCAUGAACAAAGGUAAAUGCACGCAAGAAAAAAGCAAAGAGAUAAAGCGGAUAUCUCGUUAUUUGCAACAUACACACGAGUGCUGAUAUACUGAACAUUAUAGGUUAGCUAGCUAGUAGUAGAAACGAUUAGAAGGAACCAGUUUACUGAUGCAAGAUAUCGGUUAACGAAGUGUCGGUUUUAGAGACGAGGCGACGAAACAGGCUUGACAAUAGAGAUAAACAUAGAUCAAAAUAGUAGAGCACACUAUAACCUUAUCGUACUUUUUGAGUUUUUGUUUCGGUCGUCACUGUUCGCGUAUUACAAAGAAAUCAUUGUGGGCAUUGAAAAUCUCACGAACUUGAGGGCAAGCCAGUAAUAGAACUUUUGCUCUAUAUUUUUUUCUACAUAUAUACUUCAAACCAAUUGUCGAUUUGCUCUUCGUAGUGUUAUUAUACAUAGCUUUUUUACAACCUUGGCUUUCCGACUUAUGUGAUUGAAUUAAAAUUGGUAAAGUCGAAAUUAUAAGCCGAAACUAGUAGUCUGUCUUUUUUUUUUUGUUUUGUUAAUUUGAGAUCGUUUUAAAGCCAUCAGACGAGUCUUUCGAUAAUCAUUUAUUCAACCCAGCUGACAUGCAGUCAGCGUUAUUUCAACAUUAAACAUUUACUAGCUGAUUUCAAUAUGCACUUGGAUAUAUUUUAGCACGGGCCCUAUGAAAACAUACUUUAAGCACACGCAGAAUUACUGCCUUUAAUAAUAACUCGGAAGCGAUUCAGCUUUAUUUUCUAUGCCAAACAAGCCUCCGUUGGACAUACUAUAGGUUUUUUCAGGUGGUCUCUGGCAUUUUUCUCGUAUUUCCAGACGAUCGGACCAUAAAGUGACAACUGGUACUUCCUGUAGACAGACUUUGAUGUCGCUGGUAUGGCAUCGAGUGCCGAAACAGAAGGAAAGGCAAGAAAAAACUUUUUAAAAUAGAAAAUAUGUAUGAUUAAGAAUAAGCAGACACGGGAAUCGGGCAAAUGUACAAUUAUCAACGCUUUUAAUUAGCCCCAAGUGACAUAUCACAAUUACUUUCUACGUAAACAAACGAUACUAAUUAAACUCUACCUUAAAAUUAUAUCUAUAAAUGUUAUAAACGCUUUGAGAUAUAUACAGCUGCGAGCUAAUUUUACACUGUGUCAAGGUGCGAUUACACUGUUGUAUAAGGCUAGCAUUAGAAUUUCUACCAAAUCGUUUCUCAAUUUUCAAGUAACAAUUGCAGAUUCAAUAUCUUCCGAUGUACUUUUAUUACUGUGUGUACCGAGGAUCAAAGAGCAUGAGCAAAACUAAUAAUUUACUAAAUAGGCCUCUCGAGCGAAUAGGCCAACAAACAUCUAUCCAUAUGUAUGCCGACAGGAUAAUGAGCGUAAUCGCGGCAGGUAUGUCCUUGUAUAAUACUUAACUCAAUCCGGUCUACGAAUCUCGAGCAAAUGUAUGCCAAUUAACUCUUAAAAGCAAGCGCAUAAUUAUGAGCAGUAUCUGUACGCUAUGCCGUCAGCUUGUAAGCCAUCUUUAUCGAAAGGGAUAUUCGGACGAGUUUUUUUUACAAGUGCUAACAGAAACCUUCCUAGCAGACGUGCUGAUCCCACGUGACUAUCAUCGGCGCUGCAGCUUCAGCUUGAACCCAAACCAGACCAGACCAGCUUGCGUUAAUCAAACGAUUCGUAUCCAUGUUUGUUCAGCUUGUUUUUACUAAGUACAGUGAGCGAACUUGACCAAAGCUUCCGCUUACUCACGCUCCGUAGGCUAGGCCUUACACUAAUUUGUUCUCAUAAAAGGGUGCGUCACUUUGGCCGACCAAACUUGCGGGCAUCCAAAUGGACUUCUUUGUAUCCUUAUCUGAAAAACUUAUGGCGGCACGACGUCUCCUUUACCUUGGAACGUGGGCGCUGACUGGAAAUCCGUGUCUAUCUAUCCACUGUGGGGACAUCUUCUUCAACAAUUGAUUUUCUUAUUAAGGCACCAAAGACGGCCGGCUAAUCCAUGCUUGAAAGGACUAAGAAGUAAAUGGCGCCAUAGGAGUUUGUGCGGUGGGAAGGCGUCUAACAAUAGUCGGUCUUUAUUGACAUUUAGGAGGCAAAGUUUUGCGUUAUUAUAAGUUUGUGACUUUCAUUGUAAAGAGAGCUGGCUUUUUUACAAUAGCAAGAGGCCUAUUAGACGCAGGGCCGCUACUCCGCUUGUCGCAGCUUGUACCUGUUCGUUUGAUGCGCGUGACAUUAGAAACACGCCCGCAUUUUCUAAGAUAAAGACCACGAAUUCAUAGGAGCGCAGGCAGGAGGUUUGUUUUUAGAAUAUAAAAAAAAAGAUCACCUAUUGUUCCCGUGCUUUCGGCCCAAACAGGCCCUCACUGAGACUAAAAGCAUGUAAAACCGAUACAGAGGUCUUAACUGUAAUUAUACAAUACAAGACAGAUAGCCAGAAAUGCAGAUUUAGAGCUUUUCACUUUAAUCGGACAGCUUGUGUUUAUCUAGGUCUUUUUUUCUUCAGCGUAUCCCUUAAUGUUGUGCUCUUGCGCUUUUGCUUCAAGUUUAACAUCUAAGGCCUUUAGACGUUUUUAUCUCUUGAGCAAUUCUCGAACGGUAACUAUCGGAAAUUAGCAGCACAAGGAGCUGCGGUGAAGAAUAAUAGCGUUGAAUGUAUAUGUCCCUCAGGGACAUACAUAUGCUAACAAAGUAUCGAAAAGCUCGAUACGAACUGCACGUGUUUCAGUAAUUCAGAUUCCAGUUAUUCCUAUCGAGGGUAUCUCUCGCGGCUUCAAUAUACGUGUACCACUGUAUCUUUCAGUGUUGAAAACAACUUAAUUUUCACUUGCGUGAUUGUUUCAAUUUAUCCAAAAUGCUUCCUAACGUUUGGAAAAUGCAAGGUGAAGGCCCGUUAUUAGAGUACAUUGCAUGAGGCAAUUGUUGUCGGGCCUGCAUUUGCUCAGAAGUCAAGCUCCUAGACAUUCGUAGUUAUGGCCAAACGAUGUUUCAGGAUAGUCCAACAUAGCUCUUGUGGAAUUUUUAACCCUCUUGCGGGCGCUUUGAUGGUAAUCCGCCAGGCACAAGCUGUUACUUCACUGUCCUGUUUUGGAAAAUUUACACACGACCAAAAUUCCUUCACUUUAAGACGCUUGCAAAAUGCGACAAGCGGCAUACGCUGGACUGUUCCGUUUUAAACAUCAUGAGUCGGGCUUUGAGCAAAAAAUCUCCGACACUGCAUCAAUAUUUAUAUACACGACCACUUUCGAUGAUCAGAAUUAUUAACAGAUACAGAAACAGGUAAUGAUAUACGAUUCGUGUAACAUCAUGUGAGAAAUGACUCAUAACUGUUUCAACGAGGCAACACCAUCACCGAAUAUGUUAAUGUAUUAUUCUGCUAACGGACAUGAACUUGCUGCUGCUGUUUAAGUUAGAAGCAAUUCACAAACUUACUCGGUCGAUAUUGGGAACUCAUUUCAUAAUAGUUUAUUAGUUCAGGAAAGAGAAACAGAUGACCUUGAACAAGUAUGCAGUGACCUAUGUACAUUUUUCAGAGGAAAUUUCAAUGAAGUUGUCAGCGUAUGCAUUGAUGUUGAACUUGUGUCUUGGCAUGAUUUACUGAUCGAUUGUCACCACUGCAACUAUAACAAUGAUUAUAAUUAGUACUAAUGUAUAUUGGUGAAAAUAAUGAUAUUUAAUUAGAUUAAACGCUCUUACCGCUGAGCUGAACAACACAGAUGACAAUGAUGGGACGAGGGAAGAACUAAUACAAUGUUCCAAAGGUCACCUGCUGCCGCCGCCGUCAUUAUGUUGUAUCAAUUGUGUUGCCUCGUAGGCGGCGUUGGGCUUGCGACUUUCCUAAAGCCACCUCUAUGUCCUUCUUUUUUUUGACCAGUCGAUUGAAGACACAAUGUCAUUUAGCUUUAGAAUGGCUCGAGUUUAUUGGGUCUACUCCGUCAUUGUUCCUAUAGUAAUGCUAACGCUAGUCAGAUACGAUUUCUUCUUUUGGAACCGCCGCAGCGAUCGAGCCUCGAAAAAUCGAUGGACUAGUUACUGCGAAGGCUCAACUCGAAUCGGAUCGCUUGAUCGACCGGUGCUGGCAGUACUUCACGCUAGCGACCGAUAGAUUAGAUAGACUUAAGUGAUCAGUGUACGGUAACAACGGUAAAAUGUUGCAGGACGACUUUCCUAUUGAAAGAAAAAGCUUACGUAUAUACACAGAGACGAAUGCGUGCAGUCAUGCAUGGAUGUUGUAGGUUUCUUCAGUGAUGUUCAUCGAUUAAUAACAACUGUUUACUUUGUUUUAUUCAUCUCGUAUAUUUACUAUGAUAACUGUAUUCUGAACGCAUACCCCUUCACGAUGCGCUAUCUAAUUAAAUGUCGGUUCCGAUAUUUGGGACUAGCCUACCUAUGCCAGUAGGUGUCUGUUAGAAACAAUGCACGUCCGUAGAUAUCGGUUAGCGAUCUACUAUAGCUAGAUAUUCUCGAGUGCCUCUAGUACUUUACACGAUCUAUAAUGGUUUAGUAGUAACAGAAAUAGCUGAUUGCAACGGAUAACCUGUGUUUUUCUUACCAGUGUUUUACUGCCUGGAACGAACGCAAGCAAACUGAACGUGCCUCAGGCCAGGGAUCCUUCUUCUGAGCCUGAUUUUCCUAGGCCCAGCCUGUCUGCCCCAGUCCAUCGAACAGCCGUCUAGCAACAGUGGCUCAAUUACUGUUAUCGUAUCCUCAAAUCUAUGUAUGCCAGCGGCAAUGUGCCCCAUAAGAUGCCGUUCCUGUGGCAAAAGCUAAAUGUAUAGAUGUCGCUUGGCUUCUAGCUAUAAACAAGGGGCGAGAACAAUGUUUCUAAUAGGCCAAUUCUGUUCGAAGGAUACGAUCGCAUUGCGGCUGACAGUAGACGAGCACGUAAGUAGAUAUCGAAAACAGCUAGAUAUUAUGUUGAGGCAACAAUUAGCGGCACACAUUUAAUAUGUGUCGAUUUUACAGGCUGUAACGGCGUGUACACUUAACUACAAAGGCUUAUGCAUAGGAGAUGUUAUAAAUGUGACAACAAAUGAACUGAUCUAAGUGCAGGUUGAUUCUACACCGACGCGUCCCCUAUAUAUUCUUGACGUACCAAUCAACGUAACGUAUGUUGCAACAGACGACAUUGUUUCAAUGUCCAAAUCAAAGCCAUUUACUCUGUCAGUUUGCUAGGUCUGUUGAAGACGGCAUCCAAAGGUGCCAGUUCAAAAAAAGCGCAAGUGAUAUCAUUAGCGUGUGACUGAUACAAACUUCAUCCGUGUCUAUGACGUGUGCCCGAUGCCCGCUUGGUAUCUAAGAGAAUCCAUCAGUUGUCGUUUACCUCGGAUCAGUCAGUAUAAAUAAACAGAUACACGUGUUAGAUAGAUACUUGCUGACAGAACAACACUAAGUUUAGCUGUCAAGUGUUUCAUACGAUUUUCGUUUGGCCGACGUCAUUCAACCAAAGAAAGAAAAAUGCCUGGACACUAAACUAGAAGAUGACAGUAAGUAUGACAACCAGGCCGAUAAUACGAUCAUGCAAAUGCUGAACGAUAGAAAUGAAGCUUUGUAUGUGUAGAGAGAGAUAUAAUACGAUUGUACAGUUGACGGAUCAAAAUGGAACUAUAUAGGUAACCAGAGAUACAAAUAUAUUCAGCUUAUAUAAGCGAGUGUUGUUUCAUCUGAGACGCAUUUAAUGUUCAUUAACUAUAUUUUAUUGCUAUUAAAUAUAGUAUGAAUUUCGCUAAAUCUGAAAACAACGGCACUACAAAUAUUUAUGAGGAUAGCCGGGCUGAAUAAAGAUACAUUGAUUGAUAUUAUCCUUACUAGUGUACUUCCUAAAGUUGUCUAAUAAUCCGUAUGAUUUCUAUUUAACUCGUCUGAUCGCGUUGAUUGUAUUUUUUUGCAUAGGGAAGACUGAAAUAGACAAAACUAUUCAAUAUAGCCUAUUUCGACGUUCCGGGAACACAUCUUCGUUUACGCUAGCAACCCAGUAUAGCAUCCUUUUGGUCCCAGCAUUUCCACCUGCUCGAGCAAUCUUUGGGGCCUGGAAGCUGAAAUUGGGAAGUAUUUUCGGCCAGUAGAACAUAGCAGCGUCCGGCAGCUUCGGCGCAUCGAUGACAUUCAUUUGUCUGCUCAGAACAGAAGGAACAAUCUGCUCUUUAUCUCCUGGAUUUAUUGAUUGUAGAAUUCCGUCGCUUUUCUGCUCAUAUAUAUAUAUAUAUAUAGUCAUCAAAAUAUGGCCGACUGAAACUAGAGGCGAAGUAUUAUCGAAUGAUUGUUGAUUUGUUAUG